CUUAUCAGGUGGCAAAUACUUGGGAAAAUGAGCAUUGAUCACGCAACAGCAGCUGGCAGUGUGGCGUCAUCGGUCACAGAUCGCUGGCGGAGACCCCUCCCGCUGCACGAUUCAACUCAGUCAUCAGCUCUGCUCAACAGCUGCCCCUCAUCCCUCAAGCUACAGCACAAACCAUGACCACAGUCACAGAAACGCUCUCCUCCCUCACCAAGGGCUCGCUCUCACUCAAGACUUCGCCUGUCCCGCUCAAGAGUCAUGGCACGUUGAACAUCUUCGAGUCCUUCAAUUCGACACCCACGAUUGGAACCGAGUUCAGAGGUGUCCAGCUGUCAGCAUUGCUCAACGCCACGGACAGGGAUGCUCUCUUGCGCGACCUUGCAGUGUUGGUGUCUGAGCGCGGCGUCGCCUUCUUUCGCAACCAGGAUAUCACCGCUGAGCAGGAGAAACAGCUUGUACAGAAGCUUGGAGAGUUGACAGGCAAACCUUCGACUUCAACCCUGCACAUACAUCCUACCACGGAAGACACCUCGCCUAAAGGCGAUCAGAUCUCCAUAAUCACUAGCGCCAGACGAUUCGAGUACGCGUAUGGAGACCGCUCCAAGCUUGCCUCGACCGGCUGGCAUUCCGACAUCACCUUUGAACCUGCUCCGAGCGACUAUGCGAUCUUGAAGAUACACACUGCGCCCGAGACAGGCGGAGGCGAUACUCUUUGGGCGAGCGGAUACGAAGUUUAUUCUAGGCUGUCACCCGAAUUCGCCAAGUAUCUUGAGGGUCUCCAAGCCCUGCACGAAGGCACUGUUUUCAAGGACGCAGUCGGUGCCUACGGGAUCGACUUGCGAACUGGUCAGCGAGGAAGUCCGUUGAACCACGGGGAUUCGCUGAGAGCCGUCCAUCCUGUCAUCCGCGUCAAUCCAGUGACAGGGUGGAAGUCUGUGUUCGUCAAUCAAGAGUUCACCAAGCGGAUAUUGGGGGUCACCAAGGACGAAUCGGAUCUGCUUCUGGGAUAUCUAUUCAAACUCGUCAAGGAGAACCACGACCUGCAGGUGCGCUUCUCAUGGUCCACCAAAAAUGAGGAGGGCCGAGGAGACGUGGCCAUCUGGGACAAUAGGAGCAACUUCCAUACCGCCACAUUCGACUAUGGCAAACAACUGCGAGUCGGCGACCGCGCAGUGUCUGUCGGUGAAGUCCCCUACUUCUCCUCCGAUGGGAAGGAGAGACGAGAAGCCCUGGGCCUCCCUUCCUGGCAUUGAGGAGGCCAGCGCGAUGUGGAAGAGACCAGUCCUUAGGUAGCGCUUUGAUGUAUCAUACUUGCAAAAUCGUAUUGUCGCUGGACGCGACUCGCUUUUUUUCCCCGAAACGAG